GAUAUAGCCUACAGUGGGAGAGAGAGAGAUAGGCUAUAAAUGGUGAUAUAGCCUAAUAAGCCUAUGGGGGCAGAUGCUCUAAACUUGUGCAAAUCUCCAACCAAGCUUCACCUCAAAACUGAUCAGAUCCGCAUAAUCUCGAUCUCUGAGUUUUGUCCCGAGAGAUAAGAAGUUCCUAAUUUUUGUGGAAAUCAAACCUGAACUUGAAAACUGAUCAGAUCAGCAUAAUCUAUCUGUGUUCAAUCUCUCUUCGGACAGACUGAUCUGCUUUGUUUCCCCUGACUUGUUUCAGUUGCUUGCUAAGAACUUCCAUUUUCAAAUUAGUUUGAAUCUGGAGAAUUUUUUGGUCCUAAGGAAGCGUGCUUUUACUUGUAGAUCUGAGCAGUUAUGGCUUCCUCUUCUGUUUCUUCUUCUGUCAUCCCCACAAAAGAAAAGUAUGAUGUCUUCAUCAGUUUCAGAGGCCAGGAUACUCGCAGGACUUUUACCAGCCAUCUUCAUGCUGCUCUGAUAAGGAGGAAAGUGGAAACCUUCAUUGAUUACAGACUGGAGAGAGGAGAUGAAGUGGGACCCACCCUUCUAAAAGCAAUCAAGGAAUCAAAGAUUUCCGUGAUCAUUUUCUCGAAAGACUAUGCUUCUUCCGCAUGGUGCUUGGAUGAACUUGCUUAUAUACUGGAAUGCAAGGAAACACAUGGACAUGUUAUACCUAUUUUUUAUGAAAUAGAUCCAUCACAAGUGCGCUACCAGACCGGAAGUUAUGAGACUGCAUUUGCUCAACAUGAACAAUGGUUGAAGGACAAGACGGACAAGGUGGCCAAGUGGAAGGAAGCUUUAGUAAAAGCAGCUAACCUAUCUGGGUUUGAUUCGACUUCAAAAAAUUUUCGGGAUGAUUCCGAUUUAGUUGAGCAAGUAGUCAGAGAUGUAUUGGCUAAAUUGAAUCGUGAAUCGUUAGGCGAUUUAAAGGGAUUGAUUGGAGUUGAAGGCCGCAUCAAGAAAAUUUUAUUGGAAUUAGACAUUAUCCCAGAAGAUGUUCGUGUUCGCUCCGUAGUUAUCUGGGGCAUGGGUGGUAUUGGGAAAACCACUCUUGCUGAUGCUGUAUUUCAUGGACUCUCUUCUCAAUUCGAAGCUCACUGUUUUCUUCAAAAUGUUAGGGAACGAUCAGGUACCAAAGGAGGUUUCUCUCCUGAACUGUAUCUUUUGCGAAAUGUACUUCUUGGAGAAUUACUAGGGGACAGGAGUUUAGCUAUCCAUACUCGAACUAUAAGUGCUGUUUACAAAGAGAGGCUCCUCAAUACAAAAGUCCUUGUUGUUCUUGAUGACGUGAACCAUUCAAACCAAUUAACUUUUUUAGUUGGAGAAGUUCCAUUUGGCCCAGGAAGUAGAAUAAUUAUAACAACUCAAAAUAUGCAACCAGUUAAGGAGAGUCUACUAGUGAAGAAAGUAGCUGACCAUGAUGUUAAGAUCUACAAGGCCGAGGAAUUAAAUGGUGAUGAAUCUCUUCAGCUCUUCCGUUCAAAUGCUGCCACACAUUGUACAGAAAAUCCAGAUUUUUUAGAGAAGCAGGUGGCAGAUUAUGCUGCAGGAAUUCCAUUAGCCCUUAACAUUUUGCGUUCAUUAUUCCUUCGAUGCGAGAGCAAAGAAGAACAGGAACUGUUGUGGGAUAAAUUGAAAAAGUUUCCCGACGAUGAACUUCAGAAUAUGUACAGAGCAAUUAUUGAUGGAUUAAAAAGAAAUGAGAAGGAAAUAUUCCUUGAUAUAGCAUGUUUUCACAAAAGGGAGAAACUUUGUGAUGCAAAAAGAAUGUUAGCUGCCUGUGGUUUCUUUCCGGAUGAUGGAAUUAAAAUUCUCAUUGAUAUGUCUCUCAUAUCAAUUAAAGACAACUGCAUAUGGAUGCACGAUGUGAUCCAAGAAGUGGCUUGGGAGUUAGUACGGGAGGAAUGUACUGAAGAGCCAGGAAAGCGCAGUAGGUUGCACAAUGGUGAGGAUGUCUGUAAUGUAUUGAAAAAGAAUACGGGAACUGCAAAAGUUAAAAGCAUUUCCAGCAGGAAUUGUGGUAACAAGCUAACUUUGGAUCCUCAAGCUUUCACAGGGAUGCAUAACUUAAGAUUCCUUAUGCUUAGAUUUAUACAUGUUGACGACAAGGCAAAUCUAGAGUAUCUUCCUGAUGCCCUUCAAUAUCUCCAUUGGCAUAGUUACCCUUUGAAAUCUUUGCCAUCAAAGUUUUCUCCAGACAAUCUUGUUGAGCUUCAUAUGCCCUGGAGCAAACUCAAGAGACUUUGGAAUAAAGGCCAGACUCCUGAGAACUUGAAAAGGAUUGAUCUUAGUUACUCCAGGGACCUGGCUGAAGUUGGAGAGCUGUCAAAUAGUGUAAACAUUGAGAGUAUAAAUCUUCAAGGCUGUAAAAGUUUGGUUCAAGUUCUGGAUUUGUCUCAGUGUGUAUACAUCAAGAGUAUAAAUCUCCUAGGCUGUGUAAGUUUGGUUCAAGUUCCAGACCUCUCAAAGAGUUUAAACAUUGAGAGUAUAAAUCUUCAAAGCUGUGCAGGUUUGGUUCAAGUUCCUUCAUACUUUGAAAAGUUUACCAAGCUUUCUCAUCUGAAUUUGGGAUAUUGCUCGAAGAUUAGUAUUCUACCAAACAUACCAAGCAAGAUGGAAUUCUUAGAUUUAAGUGAAACUGCAAUAGAAGAAUUGCCUCCAUCAAUUUGGUCUCUUGAAAAACUUCUUAAAUUGAAUCUUCAAAGAUGUAGUUCCAUUAAGAAUUUUUCGAGCAAUCCAUGGAAGAUGAAAUCCCUCAAUCAUCUUUCUUUGAGCAUGACAAAAAUAGAAACAGUUCCCUCGUCAUCAUUCAUGUGUAUGACUGGGAUCAUUUCACUCGACCUGAGUCAUUGUCAUUGCCUCCUCAGUCUGCCAACCGACAUUUGUAAGUUGAAAUCUCUUGAGAGACUUGAUCUCUCUGAUUGCUCUAGUUUCACAACAUUUCCGGAAAUUGCCGAGCCUAUGGGACAUCUGCAGUAUCUGAAUUUGAGUUGGACGGAAAUUAAAGAGCUGCCCUCAUCGGUUGGGAAUCUUGUUGGGCUUAAGACAUUAGAUUUAUCGCACUGCGAAAGCCUCGAAUUACUCCCAAACAGCUUCUACAAUUUAAACCUUCUCGAGUGGUUCUCACUUAUUGGCUGUAAGAAGCUAAAAGAAUUGCCUCUCUCGUUCGUUUUGUGCUCUUUGAUAAACCUAAACCUUGGAGGCUGCAGGUUGUUAGAAGAAAUUCCCGAUUGCUUCACUAGCUUUCCCGCAUUGCAAGUCUUAAAUCUAAGUGAAACCAUGAUUGAGACCAUACCUCCCACCAUCAACCAAGUUUUUGGGCUCAAGUCUCUGAGACUUGACCAGUGCGAGCGGCUUCAAUCUUUGCCAGUGCUCCCAUGUCUUCUAGAAAAGUUCGACGCAACAGAGUGCAGGAGACUUGAGAUAGUGCCAGUUUCAGUGACUGCACAGACACAAUGUUUGGAUCAAAUACUUUAUGGGAAGAGGACCGAGAGACAUACAUACGCAGGUUGCGUUAAUUUGGAUAAAAAUGCAAGGAGCAACAUAAUGGAUGAUGCACACUUCAGAAUUAUGCGAAUGGCAACUGCUUGUAAUCUUAAACGUUUAUCAUCUGGUAAAGUAGAGUUAUUGUGUCCGGGAAAUGAAAUUCCAAAAUGGUUUAGCUGUCAAACGGAGGGAUCUUCAAUGAAUAUUAAGCUUCCUCUGCAUUGGUCUGAUUCAAACCUCUUGGGUAUUGCUUUCUGCUCUGUUUGUCCAAUCCAUGAUCGUCAUGAUCUUGACUAUCGAUGUGAGAUGAUUCUCAAAACCAGCAAUGGUGAAACACAUACUGUGAAUUUGGGAAGCACGAAGCACUUCAGUACUGGGAAUCAGACGGCUGAAACAGAGCACGUGUUGGUGUGGUAUGACACAGUCCAUGCAAUUUCAGAUGAAGCAAAAUGGUCUACGGAAGCCUCUUUUGACUUCUAUACAGCGCGCAAUCGUGAACUGUUAAAUAACGUGAAAAGGUGUGGGGUCUGCUUUCUGUAUACCCAAGGCCCAGAUGAUGAUGCUCUGAAAUUUGAAGUCAUUCGUCCAGAACAAGUUACAACAACUAGGAGAUUUGAGGAUGAAGCUAGUGGAAGUCAGAUGUGGAGACGCCGCGGCCGCUUUGAGGAUGAAGCUAGUGGAAGUCAAAUGUGGGGACGCCGCGGCCGCUUUGAGGAUGAAGCUAGUGGAAGUCAAAUGUGGAGACGCCGCGGCCGCUUUGAGGAUGAAGCUAGUGGAAGUCAAAUGUGGAGACGCCGCGGCCGCUUUGAGGAUGAAGCUAGUGGAAGUCAAAUGUGGAGCGGCUGCUUUGAGCAUGAAGCUAGUGGAAGUCAAACGUCUGGUCAGUUUGAUACUGGAAGUGAAACUUAUGCUACGCGGCAAAGCAAGACGGCGAAGUUCGCGCCGAAGCAAGGCAGCGAAGAGUUUGGUCCGGGCUGCAACUCUAUCGUCGAGCAAGGCGGGCUGCAAGUUUCAAGGUCAUACGUUCUCACGUCAGUAGACCACUCGGUUCACAUGCUUGUCGGGUGCAUGCCAGAGCUUGCCUCACUGAAGGUGCCUGGAACUUUCCUUAAAUGUCUUAAAUCAUCUCAGCUAGCGACUAAGAAUUAUUGUCCCAACAGUUCUGAAGGCCAACAGGAAACUUCUGCAAAUCUCCAACCAAGCGUCACCUGAAAAAACUGAUCAAAUCCGCAUAAUCUCGAUCUCUGGACUGGUGGAUUGCAUGUUAUUUGGAUUGCCUCAGCUUCCGGCGGGGAUGGUGUCUUGGUUGGAGGAGGAGACCCGAGAUCGGGUUCAAGCGGCGUCUCCCUUCUUAUACGGAUUGGAAGAUUUUUGAUGGAGCAAGGUACAUGAAUGGCAGUAGAGUCUUUGCAGAAGGGAAUCAGAGCCUUGCUUUGGUGGAAGAUCAUGAUGUUGUGGUUAUUGUGGGUGCAGAUCGACAGCGGCGACUGGAUUGGGCAAGCACUGAGUCUGGAUGCCGUGUUCUUGGGGGUCCAGAUCAGUGUGAUGGGGUACUCACGAGAUCUAUGGAAGAUCUGGGUUUGGGACCCAGAGAUUAAUGAUCUGCCCGCUGGUUUUGCCAGAUUUUGGUGGUUUUCUGCCACCGGGAGAGUAGUCUCUGGUCAUAUUCAAGGGCAAGGAGGAGAGGAUCAAGCUUGGGUCGUCUGGUCCUUAGUUCGAAUGUGGUGUCAACAAACCAUAUCUCGUGACCUGCUGGAUCUUCCAUUUGUGGGAGGCUCUUUGCAAUCUACUAGUAUUUUCGUACACCAAUUGAGGUCUCUAAGCGAACUUACUUGUUGUUCAGUUGCUUUGAGUCAUGUAUCUUUCACUAGGUUGCGAUUUUCUCUUGUUUGUCGCUUGUCUAAUUGUGUGUAUUUGUUUGCAAUGAGGGUCACCUGUCAUAUGUUUGGUGGCUUGUGCCAUUCGAAUUCUGUUGGUAUGAGACAACCUAUGAUGUACGUGCUUUCUGGCCAUGGAUAAGUAAUGAAGUUAUCUAUUUCUCAAAAAAAAAAAAAAAACCAUUUAACCGUA